CAGGCUGUAGCACUAAGCUGUUAACGUUGGUCAUUUGACGCAUACUUCUUUGAGAGAACGCGGGAGUUAGCAGGACUGUACGGGAUGAGCGCAGAGAAAAGUGUGAUGAUGGAACUGAGCGGUGGUAGAAAAGAUGGGGUAACGCCAGACCAGCAAGACAAAAAGAAGAAAAGUUGUUUCCCGAUUACUGACAGAAUCCCGGCACGCUACAUCCUGACUGCCUUGUUCUUCUUCGGCAUCGUGGCCCUACAAACCACCAGACAUGGCUUCAGCGUCGCCAUAGUCGUCAUGACUAACAGUUCAUCGUCUGCACCAGCUGUCAAUCAAACGACCAUAUACCACAACUGCCCGAGCAGCAGGCCCGUAAACGUUUCUGCACAGAUAGCAGGCAGCGACCGUGAGCAAGGAGAACUCUUUGAGUGGAGCCAGAGCAUUAAAGGGACUUUACUUGGAGCCUACUUUUAUGGUUACAUCAUCACUCAGGUUGUGGGAGGAGUGUUGGAACAGAAGUUUGGCGGGAAAAUUGUGUUCGGGACCAGCCUGGUACUGGCGGCCGUGCUGACCGCUCUGGGUCCGGCAGCAGCCAGGUCCAGCGCCUGGGCCAUGUUUGCUGUGCGGUUCUGUGUGGGACUGGUGACGGGUGUUUCUCUCCCCUCUAUGUAUGGAGUCUGGGGCCGAUGGGCACCUCCUACAGAACGGACGAGACUGCUGGCAUUUUGCUACAUAGCGUUGUCCCUCGGUGGUGUCAUCAACUUUCCAUUAGCGUCCAGCCUGGCGGAUGAGUAUGGCUGGCCUGCCGUUUUCUAUAUCCCUGGGAGUUUUGUAGCGGCCUGGCUAGUGGCAUGGCUUCUCCUGGCUUACGACUCGCCUGCGAAACAUCCACGGAUUCUGGAGGAAGAACAGAAGUACAUAGAAGAUGGCAUCGGGAUGAAAACCCAACAGAAACUGCCAGUCCCGUGGCUGAAGGUGCUGACGUCACUUCCUGUGUGGGCCCUGAUCGUGGGACAGUUCAGCUCCCUGUGGGGCACGUACCUGCUGCUCACGCAGCUGCCGAACUACAUGAAGAACGUGCUGGGCUUCAACAUCAGGACGAAUGACCCUCUCUAUCUUCAGCAGUAA